UAGACUAAUAAUAGAUCAUAUAGGUUUCUUGAAGAUCCUGAAAAGGAGUUUUUGCCAUGUAAAAAAACUAGAAUAUGUUCUCUCAUGCAUGAAAUUUGAAAGUCGAAGCAUGCUAGCUAGACAACAUACAUAUGUACAUCUAUCUCCCACUGCAAGCCACUAUAUUAUAUAUAUAAAGAUCGAAAAGCUUUAUGGCUGAGAGUGCUCCAAGGAAAAUCAUGGUUAAAACUUCUAAAUUUCUUUGCUUCUCCACAAUCCUUAUAAUUAUCAUUCUUCAUAUCAAUGUGGCAAGUGCGAAAGAAGAAUGCCACUAUGUUUUAAGUAGAACUUGGCACGGGAGAUGCAUCUUCUCAGAAAAUUGUGCUACCCGUUGCAGGAGGAAGGAGGGUGUAGUAGAUGGAGGAGCAUGUUUUGGGUAUUGGCAUUCAAAAUGCUACUGCUUCAAAUGUACACGUAAUUGACCAAAUCGGGUUUUGUACAGGCUGGAUGGUUGUCCUCGCUGCUCAUUUGCUUUUUCAAUGGAUAUCAGAGGAAUUUAUAGAAUUACUCAUACUGAGAGCACGCCGCAGCCAUGGUGACCCCACCCACAAUAUUGUCCUCUUUGGUAUCUUGGGACUACUCGAACCCUCAACCUCAAGGUUUUGUUCCUUACACCCAACCAUUUGGGCUCCAAACGCGUUGUUGUGGUAUCAGAGCACGCCGCAGCCAAAGUACGAGAAACGACAGAGUGUUUACUUUGUGGCUACUCAUGAUAAGGGAAAGAGUAAAAGAGACAAAAGUGCCCCGCAUCUCAAGAAAGAUAACAAGUUGUCAAUCAAGAAAAAUGACAAUAAGGAUACUUGUUUCUUCUGUAAGAAAGGGGGGCAUAUGAAGAAGGAUUGCCAAAAGUACAAAAGAUGGCUUGAAAAGAAAGGGUUUUCUCAACACAAGGAAACCGGCAAGCAAUGAGCAACGGGUCUAUUCCGGAAAUAAGUUGUUUUCACAUGUGGAAGUGGUUGGGACCUUUAGAUUGAUUUUGAAAACUGGUUAUAUUUUAGAUUUGGAAAAUGUAUUUUUUAUUCCAUGUUUCUCUAGAAACUUAAUUUUGGUUUCUAAAC